CGUUAUCGCAACGUCAGAAUGACGAGCCGAUAAGAGCGCGGGAGGUUUUCUGCGCGCAAGGGAGUCAGUGGACCGUCAGCCUGCGGCGGGGCUCAAAAUUUCUUUUCUCUCGCUGCGGUUCAGUUGUUCGACGCCCUUCGUAGGGUUGUCGCGAGAACCUCGCGCGUUGUUUUUAAUCGCAAAAAAUAUCGCGAGAGAAAAAAAAAAAGAGAGAUAGAGAGUAGGUCAUCGGUGAUUAUUUUCUGUGACAAAUUCAUUGGCGCCUAACGAUGGCCAAUUCUGGAUCGGUCGCAACCGACGGUGUCAUCGGUGAAAAUGACGCUCCGUCCACUGGGAUAUCGAGCCCAAGGAAUCCCCUUAUUUGCGGCAUAUGCCACGAUUACUACAGGGAACCAUGUCUACUCUCGUGUUUCCACACCUUCUGCGCCCGAUGUCUACGCGGACAGAAUAUGGACAGCAAAAUAUCUUGUCCAAUAUGCGCACAAGUAACGAUACUGAAGGAAGGUACCCAGCUUCCACCUGCGGACCAGCUAAUGCGGCAUUUGGUGGAGCUCGCAAAUUCGGAAAAUCCUCCUUGCGCCAACUGCGAUAAGAGAGACAAGUCUACCAUGUUCUUCUGCACGACUUGCGGUCAAGCUCUGUGCAACCACUGUCGAGAACACACUCAUCGAGCAAAGAUGUUUUCAACUCACGAGGUGGUGCACAUGAGUAAGUGUGCAAAGGACACCCAACGUCGGUGUCCCACCCACGGGGAGCAGUACGUAAUGUAUAGUCAAAGUGCGAAGUGCAUGCUUUGUGCCACUUGCUUUCGAGAAACCCCGCCAGAUUCCCGCCUUCACUGCGUUGAUAUCGACCUCGCUUGGCAACAAGCUUCCAAAAAAAUAGAAAGAGCCGCAAACUCCAUUUGCGAAAUUCAAGUUGGCGUGAAGGAUGGAUUUUUAGCUUUGAAGUCCCAAUUGGAUGAGUUGCGUCACAGUCUCGAGUCCGAGAAGCGAAGUCUCAACGCUUACUGCCAAGGAAUGCAGGACGUCAUUCAGAAGAGUCACAAUUCCAUUUUGUCCGAUCUUCAACGUCAAUACGAGUCCAAGGAACGUAUGGUGAGAGCGCAACUUAUUUCAUUGGGUAGUGCACUUCCAGUUCUUCAGAUGCAUCUAAUGCUCUGCACGGCAUUCACCACUGGAGCAACGCGAUAUCAGUUCUUGGAAUUGGCUCAUCAUAUGCUCGAGAGACUUGGCAAAGUCGCACAACUUGGUCAUCCCAAUAAGCCGCCGAUGCUUAAUGCUCAUUUGGUAAUUAAUUACAGAAGCGAAAUCAUCAGAGCUCUGCAGCCUUACAUGAGUCAAACCCAGCCGCAGAAGGACUCCGUUUAUGAUUUGACACACACUAUUUCUCACGAGUCGCAGUUUAUUCAGAAUAUCAAACCGUCGAAAUUGCAACAUCCGACAAAAACACCUUCAGAGUCCGGGCCCUUUUCAAAUCACUGCCGAAUAUUUGACUCACAAUUAAAGGAAUUGAGCCAACAGUUAAUAACAGUUAAAGAGCGAUUAGGAGAACUUCAUCGAGAUGUAGCUCUACUUAGUCGAGCCAACACUCCUCCAGUUGGAUCCCGAUAUGAACACAUUGCCAGGGAUUGCAGAUUCCUCGAGCAACAGUUGGAUCAUCAUCAAACUGAAUUGGAACGUUUGCGGGGCAUAUUCGACACAAUCUGGGAGGAACAACUUUGUAGGAUUCACUUCGAAAAGGAGAUUUUCCACUCUCAGAUGAAUGACAUCCUGUCGCUGCGAAGUGAAGUGAAACAAAUUCUGACAAUGGCGCAACAGCUUGAACCGUUUGUCAAAUCCUUCUCGUCAGGAAUUAGUGCAGGUGAAAUAUCAACAGCUGCGUCAGACGCUGCAAGUCAUCAGCGUUUACAGGCCCUUUUGGAUCAUCUGGCUCGUCUGCAAAUGCAGGAACCUCCACAGCCUCAAGGUCCAGCUCCCACAAAAGAAUGUCGACAUCCUCGAGGUUCUGCUCCAUCAGCGGAUAAUGCUCUCUACAUGAAAGAAUCAAAAGAAGUUACACCGCGUUGUAGAACUCCAUCGGGAGGAAUGGGAGCACUUUUAGACUCCAGUGGCAAUAUUGUCGUCUAUGGUUCGGCACCGGCUAAAUCGGAUACAAAACGAGGUGUACUGAGUCAAUUGAUCGACAAAGCGAGAACUAAGGAGGAUAGAAAAAAGUCACCAGGUAGAGAAGAGGGUCGCGAUCGAAGUCAAACACGUCACUCAAGAAAAUCGCCGGAAAAUCAGAAACCAAAGACACCUCCUGGUCAUUCGAAGGUUCGCUCAUUCUAUCGUUCCUUGAAGGGAAGUACCGGAGAUAAUUCAGCGGAGGGUCUUGAUCAACCGGAACGAGGAGACAAGGGAGGUGAUCAGCAGCAGAAUCAACAGUGCGACGACUGUGAAUAUCAGAGAAUUUCCGAGGCCUCAACACUUGGCGAAGCCAAGAAACGAGUCCAAGCUCAAGUUCAUCCAGUGCCUCCCGAUGAAAAGAAAAGUUCCCGAAAGAGUCCAAAAGUUUAUCCAGUGAGUGAUUCAGAGGAGCUUUUCUAUUCAAGGGAAAAUAAUAAUUCAAGAAGAAGAAGACGCGCUAGCUGCGACAGCCUCAGUAUCACAGGGUCCGAAACUAGCAUCGCUGAGGCUUCGGUGGGUCGAGCGGCGCAGGACCCAAGGAAAACUCUGGUACUCUUGAUCAAACGGAGAUCAUCUCUAUCUCUGGUGCAGAAGCAGCGUUGGUGGGAGACUUUUCCUGGUCCAAAGAAAAGAAGCGGAAGCGAAGGCAGCGCUUUGGGUCAAUUGAAAAAGGUGGACAGUUUCGAGGGUCAUGAGGAGGCAGUUCGUACAUUGGUUGCAGCGGUCCAGGAAACACGUUCACAAUUACGACAACAUCAUCAUCGUCAUCAUCGCAAAAGCAAAACUAAUUAACGACGAAGAAGUCUUUUUUUUAAGUAAAUUUCUCCGCCCUUUCACUCUUUCUCUCUCAUCCGAUGGAAUUUCAUCCCUUUUUCAAUUAAAUACACAGGCCGACAAAAAACUUUUCUGUAUUUUUUCUAAAAGGUAGUUUCUUUUUUCUUACAAAUGUAAUUUUUAAUAGAAUUUUUUUUACAUGAUUAAAAGGACAAUAAUGCGGCAAACUUUUUGCAAAAGUUUAAAUAAGUCUUUUUCUAUUAAAAAAUAUUUUAUUAGAAUGUUAAUAACUGAUAAAUUUUCUAGCAGGUUGUUAUGGUAACGUACAGGAGGAAGAGGGAGAACAAUUUUGUCUGUUUCUCUUACAUUUGUAAGUUACCAUAGCAUUAAAAUGCAUUUUCAAGUUUAAACUUUGACAAAAAUUGGGCGAAUCCAGAACAGUAAAAGGUGAGAUUUGAACCUAAAGCUUCUGACACUGUAAAUGUUUUUGCAUAUACGGAAGGUUGCUAUUGUCCCCUUUUGCCAUUUGUCAUAAUUCUCGAUCAACUUCCGCACCCUGUUCUAGUAAAAAUUUAAUGUCUUUAUUGUUAAAAUUAAAAGUUACUAUAUAAUCGCUAAAUUUUUACUAGAGUAGGGUGCGGUAGCUGACAAGAAUUAUGCCAAUAUGUAUAAAUAAUAAUAAUAAUAAUAAAAUUUAAAAAAUUAAAUAUUUCAUCGAGCCAUUUUUGCUAAAAUCGAUUUUUUAGGUUAAAAAAUUUUAUUUUUGAAUUUUUAUUAAUGGUAUACACUUUUUUUUACACUUUUCUGUCCUUUUCUAACGCACAUGUUGUCAUGGCAACAUGUGUGUUAGAACACAUGCAUCCCAUUCACGAACGACUUUCGGCCUUUACGCGUAACUGUGCAACUCUGGUAAGAAGUUUCCUAACCCUGUUGCAUUCCAAACCAUUGAUAUAUCGAUAUAUCGAUAUAGGCCAAAACGCAGGUUGCAAGAAUUUAUCCACCAAAAAGGAAGAAACUCUUGCUAUUUUAGGUAGACUAUAUGUCGUACUUCGCGGGCAUCAAUUUUAUGCUUUUAAAGUACGUCACUAUGUUGUUCUGACAGUUGGCCAAGCCUCAAGUCAUUUAAGAAGAAGAAGUACGUCACUAUUACUAUAAGAGCAUAACCAUUAUACUUAUUUAGUAUGGACUUACUUUAAACUAAAAAAGCAUUAUUUCACACUUUAAUAGGUAAACGAAAUUGUAUACUAAUAAAGGAUAAAGCAGUUUGGUGCUAAAAUAGUUAGUUUGUUUUUUCCGUGUACAUUAUAAAAUUAAUUUUCAUUAUUAUCCUGCACAUAUACUAUAGAAAUAAAAAAAAUUAAAUUUUUUAACCUAAAAAAUCGAUUUUAUCAAAAACGGCUCGAUGAAAUAUUUUGGUUUAUUUUUUUCUUUGCAAAACUCUUAGAAAAGUGUUCAAAUUCAAUAUAGUCAAAACAUUUACAAUGGGAGAAGCUUUAAUACAAUUAUUAAAAUAAUUGAGGGGCCGCGUACAAUAUAAUAACCGGUCGUUUUCGAGCGAGUCAAGCUGGUUAAAAAGUAUAAAAAUUUUAAUUUUUAAAAUGCAUUACCUUAUAGAAAAUAAAACAGUGCAACAUUUUUGUUAAUAAAUGCAAAAAAACCGUAAAAAAUUCUUUUUUCAAAUUUAAUUAAUUUUUCAAACAAAAAUCGUCGCAUUAAACAUUUGUGUAAUAAUAAUAAUACGAUGAUUUAUUCAAGGAAGGAUUUUUUAGAAAUUUUUAAAUCGAUUCAUAAAAAGGUUUUCGAAAAAUUUAAUUUUCAAUGUUAAAACCAUGAUUUAAGUUUUAAAAAUUAAGGAAAUUUUACGAGUUUUUUUUUUUUGAUUUAUUAAGAAAAAUAGACUCGAAUAAAAUUGCGUUUUUUUCUUUUCUAUAAGAUAUUUUAAAUAAAAUUUAAAAAAUAAAAAAAAAUUUAAUAUUAACUAGCCUAUUAAAAAAAUUGCCUUUAGUUGUGGUUAUGCAGAUUCUUGUCGGCCUGUAAAAUAAAAACGUUUUUCUAGAAAAGGAUGUUUUAUAUCCUGCAAUUUUUAUAUAUGAUGUCAAUUUAUACUUUUCAUUUUGAGAAAUUCUUUCAAGAAGCUAUUUAAGAGAGUUGGAUAAUCUCAUUUAUUAAAAUAAGACAUAAAUAAGUGAAAUGUUUAUUAGUUAAUGGGAAAAUUUUUGUCAUUUAAUUAUAAUAGGAAAAAUGAGAUCAAAUUCUAAUUACAAACAAAAAAGAAAAAAAAACGGUAAAUAAAAUUUAAUUACAUUAUGUCAAUUAUCCAACCCCCUUAAUUAUUUCCUUUUAUGGAAAAUGUAAUUCCCUCCUUGUCCAAAAAUGUGCCUUUUUUAUGAAGAACCUUCCUACAAUCAAAAAGUUUUAUGAUACUUUUUUGCGGACAUUUUUUGUACUACUUUUUUUUUAAAUAUGAAAACGCGAUAGUGGUCCAUUUUUGAGAGACGCACAAAUAUUUUUCAGAUAUUGUUUUUUUUUUUUUAAAUAGGAAAAUUGUAUUUGCGAUUUAAAAUUACGUUACAGUUGUUAAAUGAUUGUAAUUUAAAAGUUCUAUUUUUUGUUCUAUAUAUAAAAAAAAAUUUUAUUAACAAGUUGAUUUUUAUCCAAAAAGAAAAAAUUAGUGUGAGAGAAAUAAUUUAUGAUACCUGAUUUUUAAUCUUUGGUAUUUAAUUUCCAAACAAAAAAAAUAGAAAAUUAAUCCACUUUCCUGAUGUCUACUUGAUGAUUUUUGAAUAUAUAUAUAAAUUGGAGUUUUAACAUCUAGGAUUUCUCUUUAUGAGAGAGGAAAUACGCUUAAUUUUGAAGCACCAAUUCGUUUUCAACGAUAGGAAAAUAAUCUUUGACUUAUAUUGACCUUAAGAGGGAGUUUAAAAUUAAUGUGUAUACUUUUUCAAAAUUAAAAAAAAAAUUUAUUGUUUUAAUAGCAAUUAAGAAUAUUUUAUUAAUUAUAGGACUUAAUUUACGGAAUUCAAAAUGGCGAAUUCAAUAUGGCGGAAGAAUGUUACAAACGAAACAAAAGUCCACUUCUCAUUAAUUUACGUUUUCGUAUAGAAACAUAAAUUUGAAUUUUUACUCUGAUUUGGUAUCGAAACAAAAGUUUUUUUUAUAUAUUGGAUUCCAGUUUUUUUUUGUAUUUAAUAAUUUUUUUGAAGGUUCUAAUUUCAAUUUUAUGCUCCCUCUUAUGGUUUUAAUUUGGUCAUUUAGAAUAAUUAAGGAGUAAACAAAUAGAAUCUGAUAAAUUAAUUUUUAAGCAAAACAAUUUUUCAUGAUUUCUCGACAUAAUAUAUAGUAAUUAUAUUAUUCGUAAAAAUCAAAUUAAAAAAUUGCAUUAAAAAGAAACAUAAUUAUUAAGUUCUGUUUGUUUACUCAUAAAAUAAAAUAAACUCGAAUUACAUAGUUAGAAACUUGAUUACUCCCAAAAGGGAUUUAAAAAUUUAGAUAGUUAAGAAACACUGCCAGCCACUGGUAUAUUACGAAUUUAAGCGCGGUUAUCAGAUUAGUAGCCUAUUUGAAAUCCGUAUCCGUAUUAAAAUACGCGAAAAAAAAACAAGAGGGAGAUUAAAGUAUUAAAAUAAAAAAAUAAAAGUCGUUUUUUAAUCAUAGACUUGCAAAACAAUCAGAAAUUUUUUAAUUUUCUUUUUUUUU